UUUUUUUUAUCUCAAUAAGGAAUCUGUUAAACUUAAGUGGUUUAUGUUUUUUGUAAAAGUUGAUAAAGAGGAUAUUAACAUUAAACUUUGAGGAAGUACAUGUGUAACACAGAAUGACUCCCUUGCUGUUUAAAGAUGCCUUUUGGGGAGUUGAUUUCACUAAUCAUCUGGGCUAUGAGGUUCUGAUUCAGAGACUAUGUGAUGGCAGGCGGAUGUGCAAAGAUGUGGAGGAACUGCUGAAGAUGAGGGCCAUGGCAGAAGAGAGGUAUGGGAAGGAUCUGGUGACAAUAGCACGUAAAGCUGGGGGGCAGACAGAGAUCAGCACUCUGAAAGCCUCCUUUGAUCAACUUAAAACACAAAUUGAAAACAUCGGGAAUCUGCAUAUCCAGCUAUCCGGAAUGUUACGGGAAGAGAUCAAGAAGAUGGAAAUAUUCAGAGAGCGGCAGAAAGAACAGAGGAGAAAGUUUGAGGGGAUUAUGGAGAAAGUUCAGAAGAUGAAGGUGUCCUUAUACAAGAAGACCAUGGAGUCUAAGAAGUCCUAUGAGCAGAAAUGUAAAGAAGCAGACGAGGCAGAGCAGCUUGCUGACAGGAGCACCACAGCCACAACACCAAAACAGUCUGAGAAGGUAACACCACCUCCCCAAACCCUGGAACUAUACAAACACACAGCCUCCAAGCAGUCUGAGAAGGUGUUUCAGCAGCAGGAGGUGGACCGCAUCACUAUCCUGAGGUGUGCCCUCUGGGACCACUGUAAUCACUUCUCUGUGCAAUGUGUCAAAGACGACGAGUUUUACGAGGAGGUGAGGAAUAUUCUGGAGACRUGUGACAUCACAGCAGAUAACAACUGUUUCAUAGAGAUGAAGACAACAGGUUCAAGUCCACCAGACCCCGUUGUGUUUGAGAACUACUAUGAGAGGGAGCCAUCGCCAACGGGCGACAACAACGGCAGCGCUCGCUUUGGAGGGGGAGGGGUCAGGAAAAGAUUCUCCAAUAUUCUGCCACGAAACUCUGGUUCAAAGAUGAGUAUCAGUGAGGGUWCAACUUCCGAGCCAGCGGUGCCACCUGUUGGUCAAACAGUGCCUGAGAGUUCAGAUGGAGUGUAUGCAUCCAUACCUGGCUUCCAGUCUGCAGCUGCAGCGGCCCUGCCUGCAGUGACAACCAAUGAGGAUGAUGAUGUUCCACUGAUCUGUAUUAUACUGUAUGUAUGUACAGUAAUUCAAAGCCUCAUACUUCUAUUACGAACAAUGUGUUCCCUGUGCUCCCAGGACCCAGAUGAGCUGUCAGUGUCUAAAGGGGAUGUGGUGUUGGUGAUAGAACAGAGUGAAGACGGCUGGUGGACAGUGGAGAGAAACGGACAGGUUGGGCUGGUACCUGGCUCYUACCUGGCCAAAGUCUAGACAGAGUCACACACACAUUCAUGCAUGGACAUGGACACACACACACGCACGCACGCGCACGCGCACACACUCAUGUACACAGGUACACGGAUUCACACACACAUACUCACACACAUACUCAUGCACAAUCACCCAUACAUACUGUAGUCUUCAAAACCUUACUAUGCGGACCCCCUUUCUGCUUCUUACUCAGAUGUUCUGAUCCUUCGUUCAAGACUUCGGAGUAAUAGAUUCUCCAGCAGUAGAGAUGACUCACUGAACUGACUUGGAACAUGAGUCAUGACUGUGUGUUCCCCAUUAACUAUUAGGCUAUGCUGCACCAGAGAUUGUCAGUCUUUUCACCCAACAGGCCUACUGCAUACAUACAGUGCUGUGAAAAACUAUUCGCCCCCUUUCAAAUUUUCUCUACUUUUGCAAAUGUUUUAUACUGAAUUUUAUCAGAUCUUCAACCAAAACCAAAUAUUAGAUAAAGGUAACCUGAAGGAACAAAUAACACAACAAUUGUAUACUUAUUUCAUUUAUUUC